AUGGCCAGGUUGUUCCAGGUAGUCCCAGGCCUGCUCCCACUCCUCCUCCUAGUCCUCAGCUCCACUUCCAAAGGUGAUACUGUGGUGGUGACCAGCACUGGCCGUGUCCGAGGCAAGCACCUCAUGACAGCUGCUGGCAUGGUGACAGCUUUCCUGGGCAUCCCCUAUGCUGAGCCCCCUGUGGGGGAGUUGCGUUUUCAAAAGCCCCGUCCCCAUCAGCCCUGGAGCCACAUCUUGGAGGCCACCCGUUUUGGCAACUCCUGCUACCAGGGGAGCCUGAGACGUUCUGACUACGAAGAAGAAUUACACCCAGAAUCCUCCUUGUCAUUCUCAGAGGACUGCCUUUUUCUGAAUGUCUGGGUGCCUCACCCCCAGCCCUCUGUGCCGGCACCUGUUCUUGUCUGGGUCCAUGGGGGUGAUUUCCUCAGUGGGACUGGCUCCUUCGACAGAAGUUUCCUAGCUGCCCAUGAGAAUAUCAUUGUGGCUUCAAUGAACUAUCGCCUGGGUGCCCUGGGCUUUCUCUCACUGCCUCCCGCUGCUCCAGGGAAUGUGGGCUUGUGGGACCAGCAUCUGGCACUGAGUUGGUUGAGGGACAACAUGGCCGCCUUCGGCGGGGAUCCAAGCCGGCUCACCCUGGGUGGCCAAAGUGCUGGGGGUGCCUCAGUUGGCUUCCACCUCCUCUCCCCAGCAAGCCAGCCUAUUUUUGCUCGGGCCACUCUGCAGAGUGGAGCUGCCAUUUGCCCCUGGGCUUGGGUGAGGCCUGAGGAGGCCCAGACCAGAGGACGAACCCUGGGCCAGAUUUUGGGCUGUGUGGAGGACGAUGACAGAGCUGUGGUGACCUGCCUGCAGGCCAAGGGCCCGUGGGAGCUCGUGCAGAAGUUGCCGAUCUUAAAGCAGAAGGCUUUGCUGGACGUUCCCUUUGUGCCAACGACAGAUGGCGACUUCCUGCCAGAUGACCCUCAGAGGCUCUUGCAAGCUGGGCACUUCCCCAUUAAGCCUGUCCUGACUGGAUUCACUCCUGAUGAAGGCACCCUGUUCCUCUCAGAUAAUGCUCCUGGAUUCAGCCUGGAGAAUGACAGCCUGAUCAACUACCCACAGCUACUGGAGGGCCUGCGGCUGGUGGCACCAGGGGCUCCAGCGGGCACUCUAGAAGCUGCAGCGGCCCUCUACACUCAGCAGGAGCAGGGGCAAGAGCAGUGCCGCCAUGCGCUGGUCAAAGCUUCGGGGGACUGCCUUUUCUUGUGCCUGGUGGCUGCAGUGGCCAGCCGAAUGGCUGAAGCCGGAUGCCCCGUUUUUGCUUACUACUUCACUCACCGCCCUUCCUUCAUAUCUGCACCUGACUGGACUGGGGUGCCCCACUGUGCUGAGCUGCCCUACAUGUCUGGGGACCCCCUGUCUGGGGCAGGAGGCAACUUCACGUUCACGGAGGACGAGGUCAUACUGAGCCAAAGGGUGAUGCGUUAUUGGAGUCAGUUUGUAAGGACUGGGUCUCCUGAUGGGGAAGGUGGCAGUCAGUGGCCUGCCUUCACAGGACAGAAUUUCUUUCACAUCAGCCCGGACCCAGUGGAAGCACAGAUGUCACCCACCGUUCAUUGCAGCUUCUGGGAGCAGCUGGCCAGGCUCAGAUCAACAGGGAAGCUAGGAGCUCUGACGCAGCAGUUCAAGGUGGACUCACCCCUUGAUGAACUAGCUGAGGAUUAAUGUAGCAUCCAAUGGAUUUCCUGCAAU